AUUGCUGGGAUCGCUGAAGCUAUAAGAAGAGAUUGUAAGGAACUUUAUUCAAUUAUCAUUAAUAAUUGUGAGCGUACUAGAAUUUUACCAAGGUUUACUUCUCCAAGCACACCACCACAUGACUAA